AUGGAGGCGUUAAAAGGCCAUGAGGAAAUUGAAUGCAGGAGGAAGAAACCAAUGGAGCAAUUGAUGGUCUCAGAAGGAAAGAAUCCAGUCACAGAAUUAGCAGUAGGCGAAAAGGAAACUAAGGACAAGAGCAAUGGAAAGAAUUCUGUAGAGGCAA